AGCCAAAGCACAUGGGUCACACCUCAACAAAUAUGCAUUGUAUCCACUGGCAUUGGAGACCCGGUGUACUCGCACAUUCGUUGAACUGACAGUUAGAAUGCAAGCAGACGCUGCACGCAUUUAACGAACUUUAAUGGAUAUACAAGGACUUGCUACAUUUUUAUGUUGUUUGCCAUAAAUAUGUCGCCCCACUGGAACAAUUUGACAAGUUUGGGGAUGCUGACAUGGGCGUUCCUGGCUCUGAUACAAACGUCGUCUGCUUCGAAAAGCGAAAGUGUUCCUGUCGAUAUUUCCAAAACGAAGAUAUGGGGACCUGGGUUAAAUCCACGACUUGUUCUGCCAGUGAGAUAUUUCUUCAUCCAGGUCAUCGAUCAAAACGGUUCAAAUGUAACGAAAUCCAUUGGAGACAACGCAUUUGUGCUAUCUGUGAGUGAAAGUAAUGGAAAUCGGGUGAGAUCCUGGGCCCAAGUGUUAGAUGCCUUUGAUGGAACUUACAUUGGUCGCUUCAGACUCUUCAAUUCCAACCAAGAUUUAAAUGUCAACAUCAAACACAAUGAUCAGCAUGUAGCAGGCUCACCCUAUCAAAUUAAAGGCAUGGUGUACCAUGAAGAAUGUUAUUGUCCAGUGACCAGUGUGGACAAAUGGUUGAAGGUCAUGGGCUGCAAAAAGUCUUAUACUCAAAUAGACGAGGAUUUUCAUCCAUUUCCUAAAAUCAACAUGGAGAAAGUAGCAAAACAAGCUGUCUCAAGAUUCAGUCAAGCUGGAAUGCACAGUCUUAGUCGCUACAGAAUCAUAGAUAAUAAGAUCUACAGGAAAACUUAUGGAGAACAUGUGGGAUUCAAGAUGUUUAGUGAUGCCAUUCUGCUGUCUAUUACCAGGAAGGUACAACUACCAGACAUGGAGUUUUUCAUGAAUCUAGGAGACUGGCCCCUGGAGAAAAAGCCUGUGAGUGACUCCCCCAUCCCUAUCAUUUCCUGGUGUGGCUCCUCAGAUUCACGUGACAUAAUCCUGCCUACCUAUGAUAUCACUGAGGCAACCUUGCAAAUGAUGUCAAGAGUAACCCUAGAUAUACUCUCUGUACAAGGAAACACUGGUGUGACAUGGGACAACAAAACAAACCAAGCCUUCUGGCGGGGCCGAGACAGUCGCCAGGAGCGAUUAGAUCUUGUUCAAUUAUCUCGUCGUAAACCGCAACUCCUGGAUGCAGCACUCACACACAUGUUUUUCUUUCCAAAGGAUGAAAAUAAAUACGGACCUCUCGUUAAGACAGUUCCUUUCUUCGAUUUUUUCAAACACAAGUACCAGAUAAACAUCGACGGUACAGUGGCUGCCUACAGAUUACCCUAUCUGCUCGCUGGAGGCUCUAUGGUACUGAAGCAUGAAUCUCAAUAUUAUGAACACUUUUACCGUGACCUGGAACCAUGGCAACAUUAUGUGCCCUUCAAGCUGGACCUCAGUGACCUUGAAAAGCGCAUUGAAUGGGCAAAAAAGAAUGAUGAAGAGGCACAGAAGAUAUCAUUGAAGGCGAGACAGUUUGUGAGGGAAAACAUCAUGCCACGAGAUAUAUUUUGUUAUCAUGUUAAAGUUUUUCAGGAGUAUGCCAAGAGACAGACAGACCCCCCAAAGGAGGCUGACAGUAGCUGGGAAAUAGUAGAUCAACCAGCUUCAGCCUGUAACUGUAAGAGAACAAAACAUGGAAAGAAAUCCAAAGAAGAAUUGUGAAUUCUUGCAUAGCUUAGUCCUUUAGUCCAGUAUCCAGUCAUCUUUAAGCUCUAUAUAUUGUUCGUUCUGUUACUGUGAAUAUAUUGAUACAUUCAAUAAAUUAAAUAGACUAAUGAGAUAUACACAUGUCCUCUAUAUAAUUAUUGAAGUGAUAAUUGGUUAUAAGUAGUAGAGACUUUUGCAGAAUUUAGCACAAUAUUAUUAUAUUGUACACAAUUUAAAUGCAGGGUCACUCUUUUUAUUAGUUUUAACGUUUCAUUUACAUGUUGAUGUCUCCCUCAGUAGUCCAUACCAUCUCUAUAAACACCAACAGUUCGCUAGAAGAUAUUCCCAACGGGGGAUAUUCCUCAUUUAUCUGAAAAGCUUGGUUAGUCAGUAGUAAUUUUUUUAUUGAAGACUAUCAUAUAUUUUGAUGCAAGAAUUUCCUCUAAUUUGGAAAAUGUUAUCCAAAAUAGUUCUCAAUGUACAUGUUUAAUAUCAUAUCUAAAGCACUUGCAAGACAUUUAAAGUAUCAAUUAGCAAUCUGCAAAAUUUAGUACUGCAAUUAGAAGAAUGAAGGCUUUACCUAGCACUGUCCAGUUAAUACUGAAGAGGUUCAAGGUCUAACAUGUUGAGGUGCUUUAUUACCUUAGAUAACUAGUCCAAUGUUUGUUUACUCUAGUUGAUAUUAGUUUUGAUAUACAUGUACGGUAUAUAUGAUAUAUUUGUCAUCCUACACUAUAUAUGUAAAUGUUGGUAUUACAGAUAUAUAUUUUUUGUUAUGAAUUGCUAUUUUAAAUGUUUUAACUUACCUGGCCAGGGGCGUUGGUAAGAUAAAGAUUGCCAGGGUC